CAUGGCUUUCCUUGCAUUCGAUCUCUUGGUUCAUAGCUAUCGUGGAUAUAUAGCUAUAUAUAUAUCUACCUGAGAGAUCGAUCUCUAGCUAGCUCGGCAACCAUGGCGAGGCAACAACAAGUUGCUUCCAUGCUCGCAGCUGCUCUGCUCGUUGCAACGUUUGCGUCCAUUCCUACAAGCGUGCACUCCAUCGGCGUCUGCUAUGGCAUGCUGGGCAACAACCUGCCGUCCAGCAGCGACGUGGUGCAGCUCUACAAGUCCAAGGGCAUCAAGGGCAUGCGCAUCUACUCGCCCUCCCAGUCCGCGCUCAACGCCCUCCGCAACUCCGGCCUCGCCGUCAUCGUCGACACCGGCAACGGCAACGAGCUCAGCCAGCUCGCGAGGAGCGCCUCGUACGCGGCGUCGUGGGUGCAGAGCAACGUGAAGCCCUACUACCCCGCCGUCAACAUCAAGUACAUCGCCGUCGGCAACGAGGUGCAGGGCGGCGCCACGCAGAGCAUCCUCCCGGCGAUCCGGAACCUGGACGCCGCCCUGGCGCGCGCCGGGCUCUCGGCCAUCAAGUGCUCCACGUCGGUGCGCUUCGACGUGAUCGCCAACUCCUACCCGCCCUCCAGCGGCUCGUUCGCGCAGGGGUACAUGGCGGACGUCGCGCGGUACCUCGCCGGCACCGGCGCGCCGCUGCUCGUCAACGUGUACCCGUACUUCUCGUACCGGGACAACCCGCGCGACAUCAGCCUGGGCUACGCCACGUUCCAGCCGGGCACCACCGUCAGGGACAACGGCAACGGGCUCACCUACACCAACCUGUUCGACGCCAUGGUGGACGCCGUCGUCGCGGCGCUGGAGAAGGCCGGCGCCGGCGGGGUGAGGAUCGUCGUCUCCGAGAGCGGCUGGCCGUCCGCCGGCGGGUCCGGGGCGAGCGUGGACAACGCGAGGAAGUACAACCAGGGGCUCAUCAACCACGUCGGGCGCGGCACGCCCAAGAGGCGCGGAACGCUGGAGACUUUCAUCUUCGCCAUGUUCAACGAGAACCAGAAGACCGGCGACCCCACGGAGAAGAACUUCGGGCUGUUCUACGGCAACAAGCAGCCCGUGUACCCGAUCAGCUUCAACUAAGACUGACAGAUCGGAGGAAGAAGAGACAAAACAUAUAGUACAUCUUGAUCAAUCAACUAGCCUACUAAUAAUUCUCCAUGAAUAAUAAGCUGCUGCGUGUGAAGCGGUGCAAAUAAAAGUGUAACCGUGUGCACGUACGUACUCUCUAUCUAUCUAUAUAUAUGAUGAAUAAAAAGAGAGAAAAUUCUGAUGCAUUCA